AUGGCUGAUGGAAAUAUAACACCUGACGUUCUAGAACAUUUAUCUCAAAGAACUACACAGAACCAUAGAGAUGGUAUAUUUGGUGAAGAGUUUAGAAAGAAAGUUAGGGAGGGAGAAGGAAGAGAACCUAUUGUACAUGACCUUGCAAACGAAAGUUUACAAAAUGUCAUAAAAACUUACUUUGCAGACAAUGAACCGAGAAGGGAUGAAUAUUUAAGAAAACUCAAAUGGACAGUACCAAAUGAAAUGUUAGUAUUGAAAAACAUGUUCCUUGACAAAAUAAAACCAACUACAGAAAUAAACGACGCAAGACUGAAAGAUUGGGUAAAAGCUUUCCCAUUCACAAAAGAUAUUAUUGGUAACAUGGAAAGAAAACCAGAAUGGCUACAAAAACAUAUAUUUGGAAACGAGCAUAUUCCAUAUGGACAGGCACUGUUUGAAGAGCUUGAACCGGAAACUCAGGAAAGAGUCAUGCAAACAAUACGCGAAGACUCAAAUACAGACUAUGACAAACUCUUUCUAGGAUAUAGGUUACCUGAGAUGGGCGACCAGAGCCAAAAGGCAAAAAGGACAUGGGAAAUUUGCAACAUACUAGAUGAACAUAAUGCAAAGAUGCAACAACUUCAAGCAGAGGGCAAUGAAGGAAAAAGAAGAGUUAAAAACUCAGUCAGGAAGAAAGUAAAGCUUGGUCCACGUGGGUUCUAUUAUGACAUAUAA